AUGGUGGAACGUUUAAUAAUUCUUAAAAACAAUAGUCUCGAUAGUGAAGAUGGUAAGCAUAGCCAGAAAACAAACAGUCAAUCAUUGAUUACAGACGAAGAUGAAUCAUUAUCAGUCGAUAGUUCUCGACAAUAUCAAGAAAAUUUAUCUAAAACAUCUGAAAUGGACCUUCUUUCGCCACAAACAAGUGACCGCAGACGAAAUUUAUUAACAAUAAAUUCUCCUUCAGUUGAUAGUAUAAAUGAUCGAGAUGGCUCGGCCUCCGACAAUCCACUAACAGGAAAACUUAAAAAGAAAAGACGAGCUACAAUCGCACCAAUGAGUGAUGAGGAAUUCAGAAAAAUCGCUAUAAAAAAACGUCCAUGGUAUACUAAAGUGGAUCUUACAAAACCAAUUCUGUGUGUGGCUAUUUUAUUUUUAAUUUGCAUAAUAUGGAUCAAGCGCGAUGUUUUAGUAGUUCGAUUAUUAACAUCAAAUGCUCGUGUUCAGCACACAGCACUUGCCAUUCAACAAAGACUAAAUGAAAAAGAUGAAUCAUCCCAAGCAUCAACAAUGAAAGAUUCUUCAUCGGCAUCUUCUUCCCAAGAUGCUACUGCUAAUGUUAACAAUAAUGAUGAUGAUAAUAAUAAGAACAACAAUAAUGUUAAUAAUAAUGAUAUAAUCAAUGAUCACGCAUCAUUAACAGAUAAUGAUGAAGAUUCUCCAAAAACGACUGGUAAAGGCAGCAGUUCACAAAAAAUCAAUUUACGAACUCGAAGAAAUAAAAUGAGUUUUAGCAAAGAACGUCACAAAAAGAAACAUCGCCAUUUGCGACACAAAGUUAUCGAUGAUGAUAAUGUUAAUGAUGAUAUAGUUGAUGACGAUAUUUUAGAAGAUGACAUCGAUAAAGCAAUAAUUAAAGCAAACAAAAUGAAAGAACCUGUUUUACCAUCAUCUAUUCGUUCAUCAAAAAAGCAUCACCAUAAUCAUAAACAUCGUCGAUCUACUUCAUCUCAUGAAACAAAUCUAACAAAACCCAUAAGUUCAAAGUCUCAUACUAUCUUACCUUUACACAAUGGAGUUGCUGAACAAAUACAAAAACUUCUUAAAUCUCAAGGUGGACGCCGAGACUUGAUGAAGAUAUUAAAAAAAGAAACUGGAUUAAGUCAAGGACAAAUAAAUCGAUUUAUUCAGAAGAAAGAUUUUAAUGUUGUUUCACUUCAAACUUUUAUUUCUUUUUUAAAUUCACUUGAUGCAAAGCUUUUACUUGUAUCGAAAUAA